AGACAGACAGACAGACAGACAGACAGACAGACAGACAGACAGACAGACACACACACACUACACACACACACAUACAAAGACACACACACACACACAUCACAUCACAUCAGCUCAUACACCGCACAAUGAUGAAUGCGGGGAGAAGAAUACACGAAAGGGCCAAGGCAGUGGCAUCCCUCGUGCCCAAGAGCAUCUCAACCCUAAACAUCGCUGGAGGAAGAAGAGGGCUGACGACUGCGGCAACAAGAAUCUCGGCCACAGCUGCUGCAGCUACAACUACAACAACAUCCACAACGGGAGCAAUCAGAACGCUGAUGGCGAGGGCGGGUGGGAGCACGAGUUGGCUGAUGUCAUUGGCAGCUAUUGCGAGAGGAGGAGGAGGAGGAGGAGGACAGCCACAGCAGCGGCUGAUGCGCUGGCUACAGACGAGUGCAGGACGAGCAGCCCGCACACCAGCAACAGCGCUCGUGGCUGAGAACACGACGAUGGUGCCAAGAGCGGGUGGCCGGCGCACUCGGGGUUUCAUGCUGUUGCACCAUUUGCAGACGCAGCAGAACCGCCACUUGCAAGGAGCACGCCGGUGCCACUUCAGCGCCGUCAGGCGGGCGUUCUCGCAGCAGGCAACGCCUGCCGAGACAACUGCCCGGACACGCUUGUUCCCUUUUACGCUGCACAUUCCGCGCGCGGGCUUGCGGGUGCUUGCAGGCGUGGCUGCCAUGGGCCUGGUGACGUUUGCCAUGCUGUACCCGUUUGCAUGGGGGAAUUCAUGGGUGGACGCCCCGCGCGUGUUCUACACGGCGCUCAAACGCAACCUGGCCGACUUCUACUGCGUGCUGCGCAUGGUGUACCACUACCGCAAGGAGCUCGGCUCGCUGCCGGAGGACAUGGACCCAAAGGAGCGCGCUCGCCUCACGCACGAGUGCCACCUCAAGUGCGCCAGGCUGCUGCGCGACCUCUUCUGCAACAACGCCGGCAUCUACAUCAAGCUGGGCCAGCACCUUGCAGUGCUGGACUACGUCAUCCCCAAGGAGUAUGUGGACACGAUGCAGAUUAUGUUUGACAAGGCACCCACGAGCGAUCUCAACGAGGUGUUUGCCGUCAUCGAGGCGGACCUGGGCAAGCCGGCCGAGGAGCUGUUCCAGCACUUUGACACCACGCCCAUCGCAUCUGCGUCGCUGGCGCAGGUGCACCGGGCAGUCACGCACGACGGCCAGAAGGUGGCGGUCAAGGUGCAGCACAUGGGGUUGCGGGAGGAGAGCAGAGGCGACGUUGCAACUGUGCGUUUGCUCGUCGACAUUGUUCGCUUCUUCUUUCCAGACUACGACUACACCUGGCUCAUCGAGGAGGUGCAACGCAACCUGCCGCUGGAAAUGGACUUUGAGCACGAGGGCGCCAACGCCGAUGCCUGCAGGCACAUGUUUGAGCACCGCGCCGACGUGGACGUGCCCGAGAUCCGCUGGGACCUGAGCAGCAAGCGCGUGCUCACCAUGGAGUUUGCAGAGGGGUGCAGCCUCUCUGACGUGGACGGCCUGCGUGACAGCGGCCUCAACCUCACCACCGUCUCCCGCAUCGUGACGGAGCUCUUCAGCGAGCAAAUCUUCAUCCACGGCCUCGUGCACUGCGACCCGCAUCCGGGCAACCUGCUUGUGCGGCGCGACGCACGCGGCGCCCCCGUGGUGGUGCUGUUGGACCACGGCCUGUACCGACAGCUGGACGAGGACUUUCGCGAUCUCUACUGCCGGCUCUGGCGCGCUCUCAUACGCGGCGACGCAGAGGACAUCAAGAUGUACGCAGAGCGCAUGAACGCGGGCGAGUUUUACUUCAUCUUCGCCGCCAUGCUGACGUACAAGGGGUGGGACGAGGUGAUUGGCGGCACGGCGGCUGCGCGGCUUGAGUUGCGAGGCACCGAGGACGAGAAGGAGGUGGCCCGGUCCAGUGUUGCAAAGUACUUUCGCGAGAUCAACGCCUUGCUUGCACGCAUUCCGCGCGACGUGCUGCUCCUGCUCAAGACGAACGACUGCCUGCACGGCCUGGAGAACAAGCUGCGCCAGGCAGAUGCGCACAUCAUGCCGGGCCUGACCCACGCCACCAUGGCGCGCUACUGUCUCCAAGGCAUCCGCAUCCUGCCCACGUACCACAACUUCCUCUCCGUGCGGCGCGACAUGCUGCUGCUUGAGCUGAAGCUGUUUGCCAUGUGGCUGGCGUUCCAGGUGCACGAGGCCACGGGCUACAAUCCCAUGCACAGCAUCCUCCGCGCACUCGCUGCUGCGAGCGGCAGCGGUGGCCGUGCUGGCGGUGUCGACGUCGUUGUCGAUGUCGAUGCGGUUGCUGGUGACGGCAGCGAGCAUCAGGUCAAGUCUGCGACUGAGGCGACGAGUGAUGAUGACGGUGCUGAUGAUGGUGGUGGCUGUGACAAGAGCAGGAGCAGGCAGACAAGGGCGCAGGUGGCAGCUGACGAAGUCGAGGCCGCUGCUGCCGUUGCUUCCCAGUGA